UUUUCAAUCACUCUCACUCACAAGUUAGUCACCAACAAAAAAAAAACAAAAAACCAAAAGAAAAAGAAGCGUUUCAAUGGCUGCCUCAACAAUGGCUCUCUCCUCCCCUGCCUUCGCCGGCAAGGCCGUCAAGAUCUCCCCGGCGGCAUCAGAAGUCCUCGGAAGCGGCCGUGUGACAAUGAGGAAGACUGUGGCCAAGCCAAAGGGCCCAUCAGGCAGCCCAUGGUACGGAUCCGAAAGGGUCAAGUACUUGGGUCCAUUCUCCGGCGAUUCACCGAGCUACCUCACCGGAGAGUUCCCCGGAGACUACGGAUGGGACACCGCCGGUCUCUCAGCCGAUCCCGAGACAUUCGCAAGAAACCGUGAGCUAGAAGUUAUCCACUCCAGGUGGGCCAUGCUCGGAGCCCUAGGCUGCGUCUUCCCGGAGCUGUUGGCCAGGAACGGAGUCAAGUUCGGAGAGGCGGUCUGGUUCAAGGCUGGUUCACAGAUCUUCAGCGAAGGAGGACUUGACUACUUGGGAAACCCAAGCUUGGUUCACGCUCAGAGUAUUCUUGCGAUUUGGGCCACUCAAGUGAUCUUGAUGGGAGCCGUUGAAGGUUACAGAGUCGCCGGAAAUGGGCCGUUGGGAGAAGCCGAUGACUUGCUUUACCCAGGUGGCAGCUUCGACCCAUUGGGCUUAGCUACCGACCCAGAGGCCUUCGCUGAGUUGAAGGUGAAGGAGAUCAAGAAUGGAAGAUUGGCUAUGUUCUCUAUGUUUGGAUUCUUUGUUCAAGCCAUUGUCACUGGUAAGGGACCGUUGGAGAAUCUUGCUGACCAUUUGGCCGAUCCAGUCAACAACAACGCUUGGGCCUUCGCUACCAACUUCGUUCCCGGAAAGUGAGCGAAGUUUUAUCCGUUUGUAAUUUGCUUCAGUCUUUUGAAUUCGAGUGAGAGUGUGAAGAAGAGGAGGAAGAUAAAGGUUUAUGUUAGUGAUGGAUGGUUCAGAUUUCCAGAUGUAAAAAUUUGCAAGACUUUGUAUGGUUUAUCAUUAAUCGAAUAACUUGUUUUUCUCUCAAC